ACCUCUUCAGUGUUCCAAGGCUCUGAGAGGGCAAGACGGGGGUUGGGGACAUUUUCCUGAUGGAUAGUAUUUACUCAUAGAAAACAGUAUUUUCUUCUAUGGAGAAAGAGGCAGAUACUGGGACCCCGGUGGAGGACCCAGUCACUGAAUUCUCAGCACUGUAUUCACAGAUAAGCAAUUGUUCUGGUGAAUUCUCAGUCGUUAAGAGAGAAGCUGCCCUCCUUCAGCUCCUAGACCUAGCCUCUGAGCAUCUGGAGAAACUUCUUGCCUUCUUGUUCCAAAAGAUUGAGGAAGAAGAGGGAAAUGAAGCUAUGGUGUCUGGUACUGUAGGGAUACUAGAACUUCUGGUGAAGUCUGAGGAGAAUUUCAUGACCCCUUACAUAAUGGUUGACUUCCAGCAGGCAUUGUGUCCACUUCUCCAGAAUCCUAGCUACCUGGUCAAAGAAACUGUGACUAAACUCAUCAACACCAUGGGAAAAUGUGGGCACCUGACCUUAGAAUGUUCGACAGUCUUUGUCCGUUUCCUUCUAGAUCAGUGUGUGCUAACAUGUGAUCACCCGUCACCAGAUGGGAAAAAGAUAGAAGAUCAAGAGAAAAAAUUGAAGGAUUUGUGUAGGCAGAGCUUGAGUGAUUGUAUCGUCAACCCUUCCAUGACCAAAGUUCUGUGGCCAUUGCUGCUGGAAUACAUAAUUCCAGGACAAUAUGUCUCCAGCAUUCCCUUUUUACUUAAAUGUGUCCUUCUCAUGGCUACAAAGCUGCUAAGGGAAGAGCGGGCAGCCCUCUCUAUUGUGUAUCCUGAAUAUAACAAUCAAGGGAUUCUGCCAACAUAUACUGCAAAGCAGAGAAUUCCUCGACCUCCAACCCUCUUCCUGCGACUCCUGGUUCUCUCCAGCUCAGCCAGUGUGCUGAAUCAGGAGCACGCAAAGGCUUUGAGAAUACUGGCACUACUCCGUCCUUCAAUCAGUAAACAGUUAGGAAAGUCAUGGGUUUCAAGGAUAAUCUGCCUCCUCAACUACUUAGAAGGUGACAAGAACAACUUCUCCCAAAAAUUAUGGGAUGAGAAACUCCUGUUGUUUCUUGAGUCCACUCUCCGUGGCAUAGCAGCACAGAAUUGGACGGCCUCCUUUCUGGAAGCGAUCACCCUUCAGCUGCCCUUUAGCCACCAACAAUCUCAUGAAAAGAGUUUUCUCUACCGGUCUUGGGGCACCGCCCAGAAGGUAUCAGAAGAGCCCCAAAGUGAAGAACAGCUGUGGGCUUGCCUUGAAUCCAUCAACUGCCAAGAAGCCAUGGAAUGUGAGGGAUUUGCCUGUGGAGUGGGAUUCUGGGCCUCGGCCAAUCUUCACGAGGUGCUACAUGAGCUGAAACGGAUGACAAUCCUCACUAAGAAAGUUCACGAUGGACAGGAGCUGUACUACCUGAAGUUGCCUAGCUGUAAGGAGAUGGUUCAACUCCUUAUGCUCUGUUAUCAGUGUGUAACCCUACUGACGCCAAAUGAGGAGCUCCUUCCCAUCAUGGAAUCUGCAGUUAUUGAGGAGAUAGUGGACUGUUAUGGCUAUGGCCCCAGGAUCAGUAGUAACCCUGAAAUCCAAAGAGAAUUUGUUCAAAGUCUCCUGAUAACUGGGAAAUUUAUGGCUCGGGAAAAAGUCACUUUUCCCAAUGUGCAGCUAAGAGAGAGAUCGAUGAUGUAUCUGUUGGACAUUCUGAUGAUAGAGUCAAAUAAGGAUCUAAGCUCGCAGAUCCUUCCAGACAUCAUGAUUGCCCUGUCUUACUUGGGGGAACUGGACCCUCCAUUGACUGAAGAAAUGUACGACUUGCUCAUCAUCUGCUGCCUUAGGAGAAUAAUCUCUCUCCCACCCUUUGGACAUGACUCUCUGAAGUCAGGGAUCCCCAACCCCCUGAAGUCUCUGUACCAGAAAACCUUUGAAUCUUUGGAUAACAUCAUCUUGACUGUCUUGGAGAAGCAGCCAACCGCAGAAAAUGCAUUUGGGAUAUUCCAACACCUUUCAGAGUGGUUGACCUCAAAAAGAGCUUACGAACGCAUAAGAGCGAUGAAGUUGAGCCAGCUGCUUUUCUCUUUCUACAACUCUUCCGAAGAAAAGAAAUUACUGCCACACCUGGGCUUCUUUGUUGGCACCCUGGUUCCACGGUGCUUUGACCAGGUGACCCCUAUCCACAAGUGGGCAUCCAGCACCCUCCUGUCAAUCCUCCAGGAGAAUCGGGACCCCAGCGUGGACUACUUGGAAGGCAAGGCAGAUGAGUUUGAACUUAAACUGAGAGCUUCGCACUGGACUCUUAAUACUCCUCACUUCAGGCCUACUGAUUUAGCAUGGUUUAUCUAUGAGCAUCUUCCUUCCAUGGAACUCAUGCCUUUCCUGCUGACCACCUUGGAUGGAGUGGAUGAAGACGUGACCCUGUCCGGCUCCAUCAUUGCCGUAUUGAGGAAUAUGAUGUACAUCACUGGCACCAGACUCAAGGAUGAGAUACCGCUUCUGCUGACUCUCCUGGUAGGAAAACUGCACAUUUUCAAGGAUGAAGUAGUAAAGAGAGAAAUAAGAACUACAAUCCAAGAUCUGGCCCAAGUGAGUCCAAAAACUGUGGUGACCAGCCUCUUGAUGAGUUCACUUCCUUAUAGCAGGGAUGUCCGAGAGAUUUGGAAACUGAUUGGCAACAAUUCCAGCCUGGCAUGCAUUGCACUACCAAUCCUCCUCCAGCCUAAUCAUAAGGCAAAGAAAAGAAGAGGGUCCAAAAUCCUUGAAGAAGAGUUCUCCUUCACAGCAAAAGCACAGGCUUUAUGGGAAGUCAUGGCUGCCCUACAAUGUAAAGAACCGUUGGAAGGAAUAGAGAAUGAAAUAUUCACCACCUACCUCCUCUCUCUUCCUCUGUACAACACAUUGCGUCUCUCUGAGUCCCAGAUACAAACCAUGGAGGAUGGACUCAAGAACUUACUGGAACUCCGAGGAUUCCAUGAUGCUGUCGUCCAGACAGAGGAAGCAGGAGGAUGGAAACUCCUCACUAACUUCCAGUCCCUACACAUGGGAGUGAUUGAGUUGGUCAGAGCUUUGACUAAGUUUCCCAUUAUCCUGAAUCGCAAUGUUCUGGACAGCCUCUUACCUUUCCUGAUGUCAUCAAAGGAAGACUCCCGUAUGGUCUGCACUGCCCUUUUUUCAGAGCUUUUAGGUGACUUGAAACUGGGGAAGCUGGAGAAACCCUCAUUGAAGGAAGCCCUGAAAUUAAUAAUAAAAAACUCCAUGGAUGUCAACCCCACCAUCCGAUUCUUGACAGUGAGAGGGCUAGGAAAUUCUCUCAUGGGGCUACCCAAGAAAGCUCUAAAGUAUAAGAAGACCAUUUUCAAGGUGCUAAUAGACACACUAUGCUGGGCUUGGGAGCCCAGGAUAAUUGAGGAGACCUUAGUUGUACUUGGGAAAUUUCUCCCUUUACUAGAGACCUUGAAACAGCCUACUGCAGUACAGCUAGCUCUCCUGGUCCGGGCCCUGUUCACUGAUGGAAAAUCCAGUUUACGUUUGGCCGCAAUCCACCUCUUUGACCUCCUGAUCUCUUAUUUCGAUAAGAAGAAGCCUGUUUAUUUGAUUCAAGUGGGAAAGAGCUUGGGCUCACUUCUGAUGCUUCUUCAAGACAGUGAUCCUCUGGUGGUAGAAACUUGCAAGGCUGUGCUUUUGAAGUGCUGCUCAUUUCUCGGUCAGACACCCCUGAAAAACCUGCUGGAGAACAUCCGAUAUGAAGGGGAGAUCAAUUUCCCCCAGCUCUACGAUGAUAUCUGUAAACUCCUGAUUGAGAAUUAUCCUGACCCUGGUACAGUGCCUUCAGAGGCGAUAGCAGCGUCCACUGCUGAGAUUCUUAGCUACCUGAGAGAUCAGAAUACAAAGAUGAGUAGAUCAGAGAGCACCAAGGAACUCUUCAAACUAUUAUAGCUCAUUCCUGGACUCUCCUGGACUUCAGCUCUGAGCUGAAGACACCCAUAUUACAAAGAAGAGUCCGGCGAUACAAGUACAACACUGGCUGCCACAGUUCCUGAAGAGGAAGCCUUUGCAACCUCCAUGGGCUCUGGGAAGUGGAGAAAGAAAUAGCCAGGGCCAGGAACAUGAUUGCCUGAAUUCCACUUG